UAAUUUUCCAUUCCUUGCUUAUUUAUUUAUUUAUUUUUAAUUAAAUUCUCUCGUCUUUAUCUCCCCAGGCAUUUAUUUAUUGGCACAGCCAAAGAAUCAGUUUCCCUCACCCAAUUACUUCAAUUAAUUCCCAGUAAACUGAUUAAAAUAAUGCAAUGAAUCUGUGCCUCUGAGAUGCCCUUUCUGUUUCUCUCUUUCUCUCUCUUUUCAGUUCACAUUUGAUUUAAUAUUAUAUUUAUAUUAAAUAAAGAAAAGAAAAGAAAUUCUCAGUCAAAAUUUCUGCUCGAAAUCCAGCGUUAUCCUCAAUUCCUCGUCUUCUUCAUCUCUGGAUCGGCUUUUUCUUCUUAUAAUUCUUCAAUGCUUUCUUCUUCUUCUGAAGAGAAAUGGCUAAAGGAUUAUUGAUUGCUAAUUAAGAGCUGACGACCGGAUUCCCCGAUCAGCUGCUUCUUUCAUUCUUAUAUAUAUAUAUAUAUAUAUUCAACUAAUUCCUCUGAGACGACCACCGCAAAGCUCACAUUCUUCCAAAAACCUACCCGGAAUUUCGAUCGGAGAAGAAAUCGAUGUCUCAAACGACGCCGUUUAGUUUCCCUAACCAUAAAACUACCUCCAAUUUGGAGCGCUUUCUUCAAUGCGUUACUCCUUGUGUUCCUUGGCGAACUCUACCUCGGAGCUGCCUUCAUGAUCUCAAUAGUCAGUGGCAACAGCCUGAUAAAGAUAAUGUUCAAUACUUCACGCUUGGCGAACUAUGGGAUUACUACGAUGAAUGGAGUGCAUAUGGUGCUGGUAUCCCAAUACAGCUGAAUGGUACGGAAACUGCUACGCAGUUCUACGUGCCUUAUCUGUCCGCAAUUCAGAUCUACACAAGCAAGCCUGUCGCCCCUUCCAGAAACCGAAGAUAUGAUAGUGACAUGGCAGAAUGUGAAAGCGAUUCUUGGAGCGACGAUAGCUGGAGUGAUAACCUGUCAAGAUCCCUGAGCAACAACUCUAGCAGGACAUGGGAUGCGGUUUCUGAAGACUCGAGCUUUGACCAGGAGGGAUCAUGGCCGCUGAGGGAAAAACUUGGUUACCUCUCUUUACAGUAUAUGGAGAUGUCUUCUCCUUAUUGGAGAGUGCCUUUUAUGGACAAGAUAACAGAGCUAACUCAAACUUAUCCUGCGCUAACUACACUUAGGAGUGUUGAUCUUUCUCCAGCUAGUUGGAUGGCUGUUUCUUGGUACCCCAUUUAUCACAUCCCUAGUCAGAAAAACGACAAAGACUUUGCAACGUGCUUUCUAACCUAUCAUACAUUAUCUUCAUCUUUCCAAGAUUGCUCAAUGGAUCAUGAAGGGCACAAUGGAUGUAGUGGUUCCGAAACCGAUACCAGGUGUCAAACCGAUGAUAAAACUAGUACUUGUACUUCUACUUGCCUUCUCCCAUUUGGGCUGGCCACUUAUAGAAUGCAAGGAGAUCUUUGGUUGAAGCCAGAGACGUCUGAUUACGAACGAAUCGUCGAUCUUUAUCAUGCUGCCGAUUCAUGGUUGAAGCAGCUCGGCGUCAAUCAUCAUGACUUCAACUUCUUUUCCCUUCACUCAACCUUGUAAAUAAUCAGUUUUCCAUUUCUUAGGCUGCCUCACUGACUCUCCUUCAUGCAGGUUGUAUGUUUGUGUUCAUGCCUUUGCAACCAACAUGAGAAUCUCUUUACCUUUGCCUCUGCCAACUGCAGUUCAUUUUUGACAGUUAGAAAGCCUGAGGGGUUUGAUUCAGAACCAGCCCUUUUGUAGUUUUUAACUCUGGAAAAAUGAUGAACAUUGUCGUGCUUUUAAAAGCAGAGGCAUCUCCCACCGAGUUUUGGUGGAGUUUUUUUUUUUUUUUCUUCCUUCUUGGAUUCAGGCUUCAGUUUUUCUCUCCCCACUGUGUUAUGGACUUCCUAGAUACGUAGGCUGGUUUUAAGACAUGCCUGAUUGGGAGUUGUUUUGUAAUUGAGUGUUGAUUUGUGAAUCUGGUGGAGUUAUAUUGCAGGUUUUUUGUUA